AAAUGACUGUCUGCAAGCAAUUUGAAUUCUAGCAGUAACACACCGAAUUAAGUGUUUUUCUUCAGUGCAACAUUUGAGAUCCUGUGAAAUGAGAACGUUUUCUUUUACUGUCUUCCUCUGGUGCUAAGCCUAUGCUGUCUGGAGAGAUCCAUUAUGCACUUUGAAACGUGUGCGAGGAGGUAGUCCAAGACUGAGUCACUCAGUCCGGGAUCCCCCGGGGGACCCUCGUGGGAAGGAAGGCUUCCCGUCUGCUUUCUCCAUACCGAGUAUCGAAUCUCACCUCGCGAGCCAUAGGGGGUGCGGGGGCACGCGGAAAACUCGGUCAAAAGGUUCAGACACGUCUCUCACUCUCUCUCCAUGCCUCGAAUACAACAAGAUAUCGUAUAUGCGUCCUAUCAUCCACGCAUUUGAUUAGAUUUAGAGGACGUGUGUCUGUGUGCAUGCACGCGCAGCUCUGAAUCCUGUAGUCAGGCGCUGUACACUAAUGGUGGUGGCGGGGACGGGAGAUGCGGGGGAGGGGCUGAGCGCGCGCGUGUGUGUGCUCUGCGCGUGAACCCUGCGUUCAGGUUCUGUAAUUUGCUCCAGAUGACCACUUGGGGCCGGGAUAUGGAUCAUUCUGGGGAGGUGAGCGUUUCCUCACACGGCAUGACAGCGCAGCGCACAAAUACAUGUAUUCUAUGAACAGCAGUUUUUAGCCAUGGAUCCAGACACCUUUUCACACUAAACUAUGUGUAGGACAACUUUCCUCCACAAUGACGGAGCAACAAGUGAAAAAUUGACACAUGUAUCGGACACCAAAGUGAGAGUGGAGAGUCGGGGUAACUGCACUUGAACACAAAGGGGGAAUGCCGCAUCAGAAGUUUGAGCCAACUGCCGUUUUGGAAUGGAUACCGGUAAUUUCGUUGGUGUCAUCUGCUUUCUACUUUUCUCUUGUGACGGGUUCCUCUCGCCUUCACCCGCUAGCGGCUUCUGUCCUGAGCGCUGCGACUGCCAGCAAGCGCAGCACAUCCUCUGUACAAACCGGGGGCUGCGCGCGGUGCCCAAGGUGCACUCCUCGCGGGUCCCAGAGGACGUGCUUGUCUUCAGCCUCGGUGGAAACUUUAUCGGUAACAUCUCCGCCUUCGACUUCACACGGUAUGGAAAUCUUAUAAGGUUGAACUUACAGUAUAAUCAAAUACAGACCAUUCACCCUAAAGCGUUUGAAAAGCUCUCCAAAUUGGAGGAGCUGUAUUUGGGCAACAAUCUGAUAUCAACAAUACCCCCAGAAACUUUACAAUCACUGGCAAAACUGACAACUUUGUAUGGCAAUAACAAUGACAUUAAGAAGAUUACUCCAGAGCUGUUUGGUAACUUGGAGAGCAUUGUGAAGCUGCGGUUGGAUGGGAACGCCAUAGAACUGUUACAGAAUUCAGUCUUCAAGAGCUUGACUAAUCUACAUUAUCUCCAUCUAGAAUCGAACCAGCUGAGUCACAUUCACAGAAACGCCUUUUCCAAGCUCACCAAACUGCGCUUUCUCAACCUGGCGCAGAACAAACUGACAGCCGUGCGUAAUGUGUUUACGUUCUCCCAGCUCAGGUCACUGAAUACGUUGCUGCUCUCUGAAAAUGAAAUACAACACGUCGGAAAUCACGUCUUUCGGAAUCUGAAAAAGCUUUCUAAACUAUCCCUCAGCAAUAACAACAUCUACCAUUUGGAAAGCGAGUCGUUGAAAGGACUGUCGAGUUUGACAGAAUUUCUGAUUGACGGGAACGAACUGGAGAAUCUUCCCGCAGGACUUCUCGACCCGCUGGAGAGAGUUGAGGAGCUGGACUUUAGUUGCAACCAAAUUUCCACAGUGGACCCAUCUGCUUUUGAACAACUGAAGCAUCUGAGUGUUUUAAAACUCAAAGACAACAGGCUCACGAGCCUCUCCGGUAACAUAUUCGCCCUCAACAGCGGCCUUUACGAUUUGGAUCUCCAUGGCAACAACUGGACGUGUGACUGCCGCCUGGGCGAGCUGAAGCAGUGGAUGAAGUCGGCGCACUCUCAGGGGAAGCUGCUGGCCGUUUUCCUGCAGUGUCAUCACCCAGCGACACUGAGGGGGAAGUAUCUAGAUUAUGUCAACAGCUCCCAGCUGCAGCCCCCAGGGAAUUGGAGCCACUUGUGUGAGACACAGACUAGGCCUGAGGAGAGCAGAGGAGGGGGUGUCCUGGAGAAGGAGCUGGAGGACAGGGAGAGAGGGCAGGGAGAGGAAAGGAAGGUUGGAGAAGAGCAUAGGGAAAUUGGGAGUAGAGAGGGAGUGGAGAUGAAGGCAAUAGAGAAGGUAGGCAGGGGUAGAGAGGGAGAGGAUAGGAAGGAGGGAGAGGAGGAGGUGGGUAUCCAAGGGGACCAGGGAGGGCAAGAUGAGCGGGACAAAUCCCUGUCAUCAAACAGGAGGAGGAGGAAGAAAAUAUCUGCCAGCCCAAGGUCGCGACCUUCUGCUGAGGCUUCUGGGAAGCGUGAGAAAGGGAGGUGGGAUUCCGUUCCGGGCCGCAGCAUUCCUCAAACACAAGCCCCUCUCCUGAACAACCCCACGCCUCCAACCACAACCUGGCCUCAGACAAUUGACCACCAAAAUAGCCAUGGUAACCAUCUCAGUGGGCCAAUCACAGAGCUCCUCACCUCCUCUCCUCCCACCCCUCGAAAAGAGGAACGGUUUGACCUGUUCAGAGGCGGUCACGAGGACAUUAUACCUGCAGUGACCGACCCCUGUGUGUUCAACCGCCACUUCAUCACCAACGUGACAGUCGACCAGGUCGCCUCCAGCACGGCCACGGUCCACUGGACCACACGCGACCACAGCCGCUUUACACCGGGAGCCGGACCGGGACUAGAAGAGGUCCACUACCGAGUGCUGUUUGACCGCUUUGGGUCAUCUGACCGUUUUCCUCGGUACGUGUACGCCCGUGGCACGGCGCGGUCGGUGAUGUUACGAGAACUAAGCCCAGACAUCACCUACAUGGCUUGUGUUGAGGGUGUGGUGGGAGGGUCUGUGUGUCAGGUGGCGCCCAGGGACCACUGCGCCGGAUUGGUCACUCUCCCAGAAGAGGUUCAUCACCAAGAGACACUGACCUCUGACCUCCAACUGGUCACCGUGGGAACACUGGCCGGCAACGCCGUCCUUCUUCUGGUGAUUGGAGGAGCCUGGCUGGGGCGAAGUUUGAGGCGGAAGCUGAAAAGGAGGAAGUCAGCAGUGCAUGUGCGCCACAUGUACUCCACGCGGCGACCGUUCCGCAGCUCCAUGACAACAACGGCGGCGGUGUCAACAGACUUCACAAGCUUCCAGAGCAGCCGGCCGCCACGGCUCGGAACCCUGGAGGAAGGGGGCGACCUUAUAGAGUUCCCCUGCGACCGUUUCCUUGACAUCAGCCCCACCCGUAGAGACAACAGUGACAUGCAGAGGUUCUCAGAUUAAUAAACACCAUAGACCUGGAACUUGAAAACAUGUUUGCGCUGUGACCCACUUAAGCGCUAGAAUAUAUAUUUUUUAUUGUGAGCAUUAGAUAAUCCAUAUUUAGAACCUGAGAACACCAAGAUGCCAUCACCAGGAAGGAACAUCCUCAGGAGAAUGUGUAAGAUGCUGCAGAGGCAGAGACAGAAGUGGACUGGUAUUUAACCUGCACUCUGGAGCACUUCAUGACCAUAGCAGGACCACAGCCAGGGUUGAGUUAUGACCAUAGAACCACAAGGUUAUAUUCAUGACCACAGAACCACAGUAAGGUUGUGUUCAGGCAAUAUGACCACAGUUAUAGUUCUGUUAUGGGGUUAUGACCACAGUUAUAGUCCUGUUCAUGGGUUAUGACCAUAUGACCACAGUUAUAGUUCUGUUCAUGGGUUAUGACCACAGUUAUAGUUCUGUUCAUGGGUUAUGACCAUAUGACCACAGUUAUAGUUCUGUUCAUGGGUUAUGACCACAGUUAUAGUUCUGUUCAUGGGUUAUGACCAUAUGACCACAGUUAUAGUUCUGUUCAUGGGUUAUGACCAUAUGACCACAGUUAUAGUUCUGUUCAUGGGUUAUGACCAUAUGACCACAGUUAUAGUUCUGUUCAUGGGUUAUGACCACAGUUAUAGUUCUGUUCAUGGGUUAUGACCAUAUGACCACAGUUAUAGUUCUGUUCAUGGGUUAUGACCAUAUGACCACAGUUAUAGUUCUGUUCAUGGGUUAUGACCACAGUUAUAGUUCUGUUCAUGGGUUAUGACCAUAUGACCACAGUUAUAGUUCUGUUCAUGGGUUAUGACCACAGUUAUAGUUCUGUUCAUGGGUUAUGACCAUAUGACCAGUUAUAGUUCUGUUCAUGGGUUAUGACCAUAUGACCACAGUUAUAGUUCUGUUCAUGGGUUAUGACCACAGUUAUAGUUCUGUUCAUGGGUUAUGACCAUAUGACCACAGUUAUAGUUCUGUUCAUGGGU